AGUUAUUGGCCGCUAAGGAGAAAGAAAGAAAGAAACCUGGACGCGAUGAUUACUACGAUUGAUUGAUUACCGAGCUAUGGUUUCUCUCCGUGUGGGGGACGGGUGGGGUGCUUGGCGAAACCCCGGUGAAAAUGGCGAAACUCGUCGUGGUGCCACGUUCAUACUUCCACGAGGUUGAUGACCACUCCGGCCCUUCUCCUCCUCCUCGAUUUAUCGUGCUUUUCGCUUCCCCUUGUGUUUCUUUCCCUCAUGCUAGCAGCAAGCAAGCGAGCAAGCAAUCUGCUCCUGAUACAGUCGGUAGCUCGAGCCACCACACGGUAGAAACCUUCCCUCCCUCCCUCCUUUCUUUCUGCCUUAUCUAUCGUCAUCUUUCGUCCUCUCUGUACCCGCACUCCCCGCUCGCUUCAUUGCUUUAUCGUCGACUGUCGAGUUGCGUCGAGCCUGUUUCUGUCUUUCUUGUUUGCUUUCGCUCUCUUUCCUUCCCAGAUUCGUUACAAUUUUGCGUGCGUUCGAUUUGGUUGUGGUCGCAGUCUGUUGGUGUAUUGCUUUAUGAUUUCGUUGGCGAGUUUGAAUGUGAACACGCGCAAUUGUGAUGAGCUGAUAGCCAGCCAGAAAUUGAGGGUUGACGUUGGUCGUCUCUUUCGGCUCGCUCUGCUUCGAGCAGCUUCCGUGGUCGCCCGCAAAUGGAAGCCGGCGGGUUGAGCUCGCGAGAGGAAAAGUGUUUUUCUGCUCACGUUUUUCUUCUCUUCGUGUCGGUUUAGCGCGCCUCUCCUCCGCAUUUGGUUGUGGAGAGGGCAUUUUGCGGUCAUUUCCCGACCCUAACGACGGCCUGUCUAGCUCUCGGAGCAGAAGAUGUGAUUCGAUUGCAUCUUUAUGUCCAUUAAAUAGAGUGUGAAAUUCUCCGUCGUGAAAAUUGGGGCCCGGGUUUGAAUAUCUCGAACUUCUGCCGGUCGAGACGGAUGUCAUAUCGUCGUCCAUGGGCUCUUCUUGAGCUGUCUCUUGUCUUCGUGCUUCUUCUCGGGCUCUGCUCGAUGCAGACAUGUAUAGUCUGCAUCGAGGUCCAUCGCCUGUAGGCUUUGUGAUGUUCUUCUUGUCUUCGUUCUGCGUUGUUUUCCUCCCCGUAUGUCGAUAAUUUCAUCGUCCCGGUCCCUCGAUUUCCUCCUCCUGCUGGACCUCAUCGUGAGAGACUUUCUCGGAUAAUUUGCGUGGGAAGCGGUGGUUAUUCGGCCUCGAAUUGGUAUCGUUCUUCCUCGCUCCGACUUUGCGCUCGAAUGGGGGCCAUUCGCUGCACAUAGAUAGUGAAAUCGUGAGUUGUAUGUACAAAAUUCCACCGAGUGUGUCGUCUUUGUGAAAUUUCUGGUCGAGCCCGUGUCGUGUCGGAUCGAUCUUCUGUAUAUCGUACACAAGGUCUCAGGUCGUGCGUUGUACCUCGCACGAUGGAGGCGCGUCUCUGGAGCGAUUUGCCCGAGGACUUGACCGAGAAAGUGCUCACCAAAUUGCCCGUGAGCGGAGUCUUGAGAUUGCGCGCCAUCUGCAAAGCGUGGAACUCGUUGAUUCUGUCGCGAAAUCUCUUGAGUUUGUGCAGAGAAGAGCCGUCUCCGACACCUUGUUUGCUGGGGACGAGUGCGGACUGCGAGUCCUUCGUGGGAUACAAUCCUUCGUCGCGCAAGUGGUUCGAUCUCUGUCUGACGUUCCCGGAUCCGGCCCUGCGGCCGCGAGUGUACCUGGCGGCAUCGGCCGGAGGAUUGCUGUGUUUUGCUGCCACCAUCGACGAGGUCGCCGCGUUCUUCGUCUGCAAUCCGACGACGAGAUCUUGGAGGCAGCUUCCUCCGCCUGCUCUGAAAGUGCUGCCUCGAGUCUCGUUCGGGCACCAUCUCGACCUCGCGACUUGCAUGCUGUUCGACGAAAGCUCGCGGCACUACAAGAUCGUCGUGGUGGGCAAUGCCACGAGCGGGUGGUAUCGAAUCACGCAGAUCUACGACUCGUGCACGGGCUCGUGGAAGAGACUGGGAGGGGCCAUCCCUCAGGAUGUGGACUUCCGCUCUUACGGGCUGGUGUGCAAGGGCCACAUUUACUACAUGAUGGCCGGAUUGUCGAUCAAAGUGAUGUCCAUGAACGUGGACGCAGGUCUGUGGAGCAAGCUGGAGGCACCGCUGCCUCGGUUCCUCGUGCGGCCUCGAUUGGUCGAGCGAGGCGGGAGCCUGCUGCUGGUGGGAGGAGUGCACAAGUACUGGAGGCAGGGCUGGAACUCGCUGAAGCCGCAGAGCGUGCGAAUUUGGGAGCUGGAUCAGAUCAACAUGGUGUGGGUGGAAAUCGGGCGAAUGCCCGAAGAUGUGCACUCCCAUUUCGUCGCCACCUUGGGUCACGAAACUCAGGACUUCAAGUGCGCCGGCCUCGGGCAGCUCAUGUUCUUCACCUCUCGCUGCUCCUGGGGCUUCUCCCUGGUCAUGUUCAACUUCCUCACCAGGGAGUGGACCUGGAUUCCUUACCCGGAGAAAAUGUCUCUCGUGGACGAUGUGCUCAUCUUUCAAGCCAUGGGCUCGUGCGUGUGAUUGCACGCACGCCCCUCCGUCCGAUCGGUGAGAGAUUUCCUCUGCAUCUUGUAAAUCUGUAGAGAGAGAGAGAGAGAGAGAGAGAGAGAGAGAGAGAGAGAGAGAGAGAGAGAGAGAGAGAGAGAGAGAGAGAGAGCCACGGGCUCGUGGGUGUGAUUGCCUUGUGCAAUCUUGUGAAUCUGUAGAUAUGUGUGUGUGUCUGAGAGAGAGAUAGAGAGGAAUCUCUGCAUGGAGGGUUUCUUCGCUUGGCACCACCCCCACCAUGAUAGCAGUAGUUGGAAGCCGAAGUUGUUGGCUUCCUGAAAUUCCCAUGAGACUGCGGGAGUCAUUCAUGUGCAGGAGGAGGAGGCAAUGGAUGUGACCAUCCUUGGGGAUGCCAAUUGCAUCCCCAUACCUUCUGCAAAGUAGAAACUUUACAUGAUGUACAUAUCAAGGAACUUCCUUCAGGAUUUGUAGGGUGCUCGGUGGUGAGGAGAAACAGUGUGUCUCGAGCUCAUUGUAUUUAGUAUUUCAAAUCUGGGAACUUUCUCCUGAGAGUCCUGGCUUGCACCACUCGUCGGUGACUUCACAUGC